CAACAGAAAGUUAAUAAGAAACCCUGAUUAUCGAGUUGUGUGAGAGAUCUGCAAAAACCAAAAAAAUAAGAGAGCCAUCUCUCUUCCUCUCAAAAACCUCUUCACUCUUUUUCUCAGACACCAAACAAAAAUAAAAAUAAAAAACCUCCAAGAAAGUGAGAGAGCUACCAAAUAUAAAUAAGCCCCUCAUCUUUCUUUUGGAUCUAUAUCUCUAUCUUUUUCGAGCUCUUAUUCUGUAUUGGAAAAAAAAAAAAAAAAAAAAAAAAAGGAGAGAAAAAUAUGAGGAUCCGCAAGAACGCGAAGCUCUCACCGCUCUGGUUCUCACACGCUUCAGCUCCCGAGUCUCUGCAGGCACACGUGUGCCAGCUCAACCAGUCUCCAUGGGAUGUGCUUCCUUUAACCCACCAGUUCGAAGGAGAUGAUAGCCUCACUGGAAAUGCGAGCCUCGGCGAUUCUAUUGGAGCUGUCGAGAGUGUUGCGUCGAUGAUGGACGCGGUGGCAGCGAAAGCCGAAGAUAUGGUUCUGGCCGUAAACGAUAACGAUGUCGUCGAGAAGAAAGGCAGCAGAGCGUUGGACCAAAGGGCGAGAGAGAAUGAAUUCGGUGGGCAUGGGUUUGAGAAAGCAGUAGCAGAGAAGAGAAGCUCAUCGUGCUGCCAAAAGACCGAUGGGAAGGGUUGGCAAUGUAGGAACGAAGCGAAAGAAGGGCAAUCUCUUUGUGAACACCACUUGAAUCUUCUUAGGUCUUACAACACCGGCAAUUCCAACAGCAGCAGUAUCAGCUUCCGGAAAUCCUCCGCGGCUGCGGCUGCUGCUGCUGCCGCAGCCGCCGGGGCGCGCCGCGCUAGAGCCCGCGCCGCGAAGAAGGGUUCCUCCUCCUCGGCCGCGGCCUCCAACCCUUACGAAUUCUAUUAUUAUUCAGGAUUCGGCCCGUUAUGGGGACGGAAAAGAGGCGAUAGAAGCGGUGGCGGAGGCGGAGGAGGAGGAGGAGGCGAAGAUGGGAACAAAAGCACUCAUCAAGAAGCUGGUGCUGCCAAAGUUGUUGCUGCUGCUGAGAAUGUGAAUAAUAAUAAUAAUAAUAGUGUUAGUGGUGCUACUCAAAGCUCUACUCCUUCCUCCUCUUCGCAAUUUGAUAAUGAGGAAUUCGAUUAUGUGGACGACGACGACGAGGACGAUGGCGGUGAUAGCGGCAAGAAGAGGAUGAGGAAGCCCGUGAAAGCUCGAUCGUUGAAGUCCUUAAUGUAGGAUAGUAAUUUUAAUUUGUUGGAUUUAUGUACAUGAAUGAAUGUUUUGAGAUUAUCGUAAAUUUGUGUGUGUGUUUUUUUUUUUUGGGGUUGAAGUACUAGUAUUUUAGGGUUAAGGAUUAUUAUUUUUUAUAUUUAGAUUUGGUGUAUUGGGUUUGUGUUUUGUUAUGGGUGAAGUUAGUUUUUUCUUUCGUAACAUGACAGUAGCAGUUUUGUUAGGGUGUGAGUCGGUUGGACCGAGGGGUUGGUGUUAGUCAAUGUUUUGGAAAAUGUAAGGGUGAUUCAGUAAUUUCAGGUGUUGCAAAAUCCAUGUUUUUUUUCAA